UUAGGAGAAUAAACGGUUUAUUUAACUGUACAUCAUACCAAAAACGUAUAAGGGAAAAAUAACAGAAAUAAAUGAGCUUUGAUGAGAAAUUCCUGAGUAAUGAAUGUGCCCGGUUCAGUCAGUGUGGAGGAGCCUGGUGUCCUCCCACAGCUCAGUUAGCCUGUUAGCUAGUUUACAGCUGACUUGAGGGAAAUGUUGAGAUUAGCCAUCAGACAGGGUAUGAGUUUAGGUCGGUAUUAAUGAGCUACGCGUCGAUAUAUACAAAUGGACUGCUUGAUACAAAUAUUUAGCUGAUUCAAUGCUCUAUGAAGAGUAGCUGUUUUUAUCCAUGAUGCCUUCGGCGAAGGUGCUGAAGAAUACCCAGUACAUAGAACUGGGCAGUUAUCAGUACUGGCCUGUCCUUGUGCCCAGAGGAAUCAGACUGUACACUUAUGAGCAGGUGCCAGGCUUUCUGAGGGAAAACCCGUACAUCACUGAUGGCUACAGAGCUUACCUCACCUCCAGACUGUGUAUUAAAAGUCUCUUCAUCCUUUCCAAUGAGACUGUGAACAUCUGGAGUCACCUACUCGGGUUCUUCCUGUUCUUCUCCCUGGGAGUGUACGACAUGGUGACUGUGCUGCCUCUGGUCGGAGCCUCCAGAGAGGAUUACGUCAUCUACUCUAUAGGUCUCUUCUGCUUCCAGGUGUGCAUGCUGUGCUCAGUGGGAUAUCACCUGUUCUGCUGUCACCGCUCUGAGAAAACCAGCCGGCGCUGGAUGGCACUGGACUACGCAGGGAUCUCUAUAGGAACAUUGGGCUGCUACGUUCCAGGUGUCUUCUACGCCUUCUACUGCAAUAACUACUGGCGGCAGGUGUAUCUGGUUAUGGUCCUGGCAAUGACGCUAGCGGAGUUCUUUGCCCAGAUACAUCCCCUUUACUUGACUAAGAAGUGGCAGAAGUUGCGCUCAGUCAUCUUCUGCUCUGUAGUGGCCUACGGGCUCAUCCCUACCAUCCACUGGAUCUGGCUUAGUGGAGGUUUCAGCUCAGAAAUAGUGCAGGACUUUCUUCCCAGAGUGUUCAUAAUGUACCUGCUUGCUGCAGUUGCCUUCAUCUUCUAUAUCUCGAAAGUUCCAGAGCGCUACUUUCCAGCUCCUCUUCAGUGAGCUUGGAGAAGUUGUCCUCUCCGAACGGGUUCCAGCGAGACAUGUCAGGAGGGUUGCUGACAGGUUGAAGAGAUGGACUGACCAGCUCUGAACUAGGCACGGUCAUUCUGCAAUCAACAAGAAGAAAGAGGGAAGAAAAGAAGAGAAAAAAAAAAAAGUGUACUGUUUCUAAAACCUCUUUACAGAUAAAGCACAGUGAUGGAAACAGGUGGAGGGGCUACCUGGUAUUGCUGAAAGGAGCAUCCACAGGUGAAGGUACAGGAGGGUUGUAGGUGCUCAGUGAUGCCUGAAACUCUAGAGGGGAACCGUAGGGGACUUGCUGUGUUGGCGCACACUGCUGCUGGCCAGCAAACGCCUGCUGAUACUGAUGGAUCUGUUAUUAGGGGAAAAAGAGGGUCAUAAUAUGAGCGUAAUGGACUAUAAUGACAGAGCUGGGGCUGUGGGAUUCUGUGUGACCUACCUAGGACGCACAGAUGCGCACAAACAUCCACUAACAAGGACGGUGUCAGAUAUACUUUGAAAUAGUAAACACUUGUGUUUUCUUCCGACACACUUUUUCAAAUCUGCUUCACUACAGAAUUUUUCCCCCAUUACUUUUUAAAAUCCAUCUCAACACAAGCAGCUCCUACAAAUGCAUAGGGGUCAGAAAGGAAAAGUACACGUCCUUUUCGGCCCAAAGUGACCGUUCAGGACGUGAAGAAAAAGUGAGAGGGUGAUAGAUAACCGCUUAGAUUUCCCUACAGUGUAAUUGCUUCAUAUGUUACGAUUUAACACAGAGAAUCGGUCGAUUUCACCCCCAUUCAAUCCCCUGAUGGCUUUGCAUGGAGCAGAUUGCAGCUGAAAUUAAACAGAUGGUAACCAUUCGGUGGAAAAUGAGCUAAAAAUUGUGCCGCCUUAACAUUAUGUAUUUAGAGGAAGCCUGGUUGCGUCGCCUUCGUAUUUAGCGUAAAUACGUUUCUGGAGGAAUUACUGAUGGAUGCGACCGACUGGCAUCGACUUGGACUCGGCAACCGUUUGGCACAAAAGAGCUUUUGCAUGGUGUGCAGGCGGCCAAAUUAGUAAUCGAGGCAGAGCGGUGCCAUCCAACUGGACUUUUCUUAAGUGAAUAAUAUCCGCAUACAUUCACAUGUUGGUGUUUCAACCCGGCGCAUGCCUCAUGAGAGUGCUCUACAGAGAGGUACUGAACUCCAGUGCAUCCAUAACCAAACUUUGAUUAAACAGAUGCUUUAGAAAGACUUCUUAUUGGAUUACAUUAUUAAUAAUGUUCGAUCAUGCUAUAUAGUGGCUUUUUCCUUUAAAAGAGUGACUGAAUAUGGCUGCUGUGUGAAUGUGACAGUACUCACCAGAGCUGCAUAAUGCUGCUGCUGUGGUUGAUACAUGGACUGCUGCAUCAGCAUCUGUUGGUGAAGCAUAUGCUGCUGUUGCUGCUGCAUCUGGAGGCUCUGCUGCAUGGCCUGAUACUGCUAAAAGAAAGGAGGACAAAGGCAUUUAUUCCUCUUUGAGGAACCUUCGAUAUGUGGAUUUGGAGAAAUUAUACAAUGGGUUUUAAAUAUUCAGCAACAAAUUUUUAAAGCAUUGGUUGAAACACAGUAAAAGUUACAGCGAUCACACAUUUCUAUUGUUGCACACAUUUCUUGACCUCGACGUGGGAAUUACAAAAACAUGCUGGUCCUGUUUCAAUAAAUAAAGCAGACCCGACCAGGGUUAAGCCCCGUUUAGCUAAUACUGAACAUGUGUCCUGGUCACAAAUAGACGAGAAGAGAAAACUGCUUUCGAGCAGUCGUAAGACAGCUGUGUUAGGCCAUCUAUCCCAUUACCAAAAUAAUACACAAUUAACCAGCUGACCACCUGCUGUGCUCCCCAAUACAGUCUAUCUGGUCCUCGUUCAAACACAUGGCCCACACUGCCAUCUGUCUGUGUGAGACUGAAAUAACUAAAAUCAGAGCUCUGCCAGAGUCAAUAAUCCCACACUAAAUCAAUUAACAUGCGAGGCAUUCCAUAUGAAGCGAGCUAAUAAAAAUCUAACCUUAUCUGAAAUAGCCUUGCUUAACAGUCCACUCUUAGGCAAAGUCUAUUUCCACUAAUUCAAGACAGACUGUACUAAUCAUAGUUCAAAUGGUGUGCACAAUAACCAAACCACCUCUUUUAGCCAUAUAGUGUAGAUCAAAAAAUAGCAUGUAACCGAAAAUACAGAGAAAGAAUUACGCCAUGUUUCAGGGUUUUUUUGUGUUUCAGGUACUGCACACUGGCACCCACAAAAAUUGGCACAAGAAUUUGGCACCGCUGUUCUUGCCUAGUGUGUGUUGUUGCUGUUUUCCUAAUAAAAAUGUUUCUAAAGUCAAAAUACUGUGCACAGAUCAGGUCCGCUACUUUUGUCAAUUAAAAUCAAUGGUUCUGCUCGUAGAAUUUCUCUCAAAUUCGCAUUCAUAUUCUACAAAACAGACAUUUAAAAAGAUAACAUAACCUACCUACCUACACAGUAUGUUACAUUUUUCAUAUAUACACACUAGGGUGGUCCCGAAAUGUAUGUGAAAAUUUUUUUACCAAAACAUUCCGACCACCCUACCAUUUUUUUUUUUUUACAUAGGCUAAAAGAAGGCAACAAGCAAAAUUUCAGAAAAAUUGGUUAAUAUUUAGAGGUGCCACACGAGGUUGCAAAUCGGGUUAAGCCAUUAACAUUAGUUGGUGCGUAGACUGUUGCAGAGAAGAUUUCAAACCCCCAAAAAGUCACAGUUCUAGAGGGAAUAUGCCACUUCUAUGAAAAAGAAGAGGCAGGAAGAGUUUAUAGACUGAUAGAAGGUUAACUUUCAUGCACUAAGGGGUUCUUAAACAAUGAGCACUGAUCGUAAUAUGCUGAUGAAGUUGUGAAUGUUUUUCUUUCUAUGUUUUUCAGAUGGCUAGCAACAGUAAUACAAGUAGUACCGGCGGUGCAAAGCACAAAACCAGAAAGGACAAUUAUGUUUGGUUAAUUGGUCCCACUUCCAAGGAACUGUCUGGGAGAAAGCUUCCUUCUGCUAGGGAAGUCCUUAGUGUGUUCUUUUAUCUCCACAAGAUACCGUAAUACCGAAGGGUUUAGAAAAUCACAGACAAGUAAUAGCUAUUGUUACUUUGAACACAGGAAGUUAUAUUACUGUAUUGUUUGUAUUAAUAUGAAACAGUUAAUAAGCCACAUUAUUUUAUAUUGUGUCUUGAGUGAAAACUUUAAUGGCUUUGUGGCACCUCUAAACAUUGUUCAAUCGUAACCAAAUUUCGCACAAUAACUUCUUUUAGGCAAUGUAAAAAAAAAAAAAAAAAAAGGUAAGGUGGUCAUAACAAAAUCCUAAAAAAAAAAAUUCGGGGACCACCCUAAUACACACCUAGAGUGCUUAAUUAUUUUAGGUGAUGCUUUAAAAAAAAAAAAAAAAAAAAAGGCAGUCCUUUAUCAACAUGAUUCUGAAAGCUACUGACCACAUAUAUUUACAGAUUAAAAGAACUGGUUGAUAACUAGCACCAGAAGCCAAGUGCUUUCAGCAGGGCGCUCUGCAAACGUGGCCGUGCGAGUAUGUGUGAAAGACUACAGUUCAUAAUGGAUAACUGCCAGUAUGCUUUUUUUUUUUAAACAAACAUGGCUUGUAUGGUACAAGAGAGAGCAAUUUCAUGAUGGUAUACAACAUGUAGUACAAGCUGAUUUUUAAUCUUGAUGUUGCUUUAAGUGCUCGAAAUAAGUGCAACGAUGUCAUUUAAUUGCAAGAUCAUGAGCCUGUCUGUUAAUGAAUCCAAAAUCAUCAUCUUUCGGCUGCUCCCGAUUAGGGGCCGCCACAGCAGAUCUUUCGUCUCCAUUGCUCCCUGUCUUCCGCAUCCUUCUCUACCACACCUGCCACUUUCACGUCCUCUCUCACCACAUCCAUGUAUCUCCUCUUUGGCCUUCCUCGUUUUCGUUUGCCUGGCAGCUCCAUCCUCAACAUUCUCCUUCCAACAUGCUCUGACGCGCCCAUACCAUCUCAGUCUCAUCUCUCUUAGCUUAAUUCUCAAGCUCUCCACAUGCUAAUGAAUCCAAAAUACAAAAAAAAAAUGUUAAAGGUUGUUAGGCUUUCUUAAAUCGCAUUAUCCAGAGCUUCAGUUUGAUUUAAACUAGUUAUACUGCAUUUGUAGGCAGGUCUGCAAAAAAGAAUGAUCAGUGGAUAAAAAUAAUCGUAUAUUUAUUAGAUCAGCCCAACAAGCAAGUGAAAGCUCCAGUGUGCUGCUCAAGCUCCGUUUGUUUGCAGUUAUCCAAGUUAAAAACUGGUAGCUAAUGCAUUUUAACUUAAAAAGUAUGAGCCAGUUAGCUAGUAAAGUAAAGAAAACUGUGGUUGAAGGCACGUGUUUGCUAUUGUCUUGAUAAUGUCUGAUGUAGCGCAUCAUGGUUGGACCCUUUGACAAACUAGUAGCGAGUCAAUGGUUAACCAUCUCAGCUAGGAGUUGUGGUGUCUGCACUGCAUUGUACUAAAACGUGUUAUUCAUGUCUGACUGGUUCUUUAUUUUCACACCACAUGCUAUUAGCAGACUUAUGUAGUAGUUAUACACUAGACUGUUCUUUAUUAUAUGGCAUGAGCUACUUCCAAUAAAAUUGCUGUGCUCUGAUUGGUUCCUCGGCAGGCAGAAUUUUCCCGUAACGCCCGUGGACAAUUCCAGACUUUCUUUCCAAGGCGCCGGCUUUCAAUGUUGCAAAAACAAAAACGAAAUGAACAAUGAUGAGCAUUCAGAAACCGCUAGCUACUAACUGAACUUCAAUUUUGAAACCGCUAGCUGUUUAUUCUGUAUGCGUGCCUCAACUACGUUACAAAUAUGACGUGACUGAAAGCAGCGUCAUGCCUCAUUGUAAUGACCAUCUAUUUUAAUCUUAGAAAUACAAUAAAAAAAAAAAGUCAUAUAAUAAACUCAUUAACCUUGUAGGCUCGGUCCGUACUGUCAAGAUCUCAGUAAAGACCUUGUGCUCAGUUAAUAAGUAGUUAUUGUUUUUUUCGCGGUCCGGUUUCCAUCAAAUCCUGCACUCUGAUUGGCUGGCGAGCGGGUCUGUAUCCUACGGUACAGACCCCAGUUACGGACCCUGGUUGAUAAAAAACCUGAUUUUUUUUUUUUAUCAAAAAUCUUAUAAAUUGUUGCCAGCAUUUCUCAGCAUAAUAGCAUUAAUUUUACAGCAUGGAUAGCGAUAACAACAGUCUUCACAGCGAAAGCGAGUUUUACUACCCUGAGGAAGAAGAAAUCAAAUAAAACAUUUCAGGAGAAAGCUAAAAACCUGUAACUGUUGCUAAUGCCGAGCAAAAACAUGGCUGAAUCCUGAAUGACUCAAUUUUGUAUAAAUAGGGGACUACAUAGGCGGCAAAAUGUAGUUUUUUCCCCUGCCAUGGAAGUGCACUUGUAUACCGAGGAGGAAGCCAUUUGCAUUACAGCCGUGAAUGAGGAUUCAAAAUGGCAGCUCGCCUUGGUUUUCUCUUUCAGGUGCUCUCGUUUUCUGUUAGAAUUUGGUAAAGAAAAAAUAAAUAUAUUAUUUACCAGCUUAAGGUCAGUCCGUAUCGUGAAGUACCGUGACCUCUGCCUUGAAUACUGACCUCGGCCCAGAGGGCCUCGCUCAGUACUUUUAGGACCUCGGUCACGGUAUUUCACCAUACGGACCUCCCAGCUGGUAAAUAACAUAUGUAUUAACCGGUAAAAAUAGUUCCUACUAAUGGUCAGAUUGCAUCCUCGGUCAAUGUGUGUAAAUUUAGUUGGCAGUGAGAAUCAGGAACUCGUAGCCCAGAUUAAGGCUACGUUCACACUGCAGGCUGAAGUGACUCAAAUCCGAUCUUUUCGCCCAUAUGUGACCUGUAUCCGAUCUUUUAUUGACGAUAUGAACGACACAGAUCCGAUUUUUUCAAAUCCGACCCAGGCCCUUUGGAUAUGUGGUCCUAAUUCCGAUUCCUAUCCGCUCUUUUCAUAUGCGACUUCAGUCUGAACCGCCAGGUCGCAUUCAUCCGACUUACACGUCAUCAACAAGCCACAAACAUCACUAUUCUGCGCUGAAGUAGGCGCCGGGUCUCUCAAAAAAGUUACAACAACAUGGCGCAUAAUCACAGGCGCAGAUAGAGGGUGGGACUCGUCCCACCCAGAUUUAAAUUCACCUCGUUCGGUCCCCCCCACUUAUAGGGAGGAAAAAACGUCUAUGCUGUCUUUCUUUGCAUAAGGCAAACCUCACGGAAAAAUCAAAAGACUAAUUACCAUUCGGUUUAUUGAGGUGCACAGCAGUGUAUACAUAGUUGCAACAACUCACAUAAAACAAAACAGACUGAUAUUCGGUUGGUUGAGCUGCGCAGACUGCACAGGUUGCGAGCUCGAGCUUGGUUGCUAUGGUUACUAACAACAAGUUUGACAGGCAUAUCAGGGUUUGGGGUUGGUUUGCUGGCAGCUUUGUCCCCCCCAGUUUUUUGUCCCUCCCAGUUCAAAAAACGUAUCUGCGCCCCUGCGCAUGACAUCAAUGCGAGGGACGCUUCGGGCUGUGAAGGUUCUGAAUCUUCUCAAUGGAAGGACGCAGAGGUUAGGGAGCUGAUUUCUAUUUGGGGGGAUACAGCUAUUCAAGCUAGAUUGGAGGAGUCAUACCGCAACCGGGCGGUUUUACUUCCGUAAACACUGGCCAUGCACACUGCGUGUGACGUCGUCGUAUCCUGCAAUGCGCAUGCGGAACACUUUUAGGUCGCUUUUCGUUCAUACUGAGGAUCACAUACAAGUCGCAUAUAUUUGUUAAUGUGAACGACCUCACAAAAAAAUCGGAAUUGAGCAUUAAGCCUUGCAGUGUGAACGUAGUGUAAAUAAUACUACAACAGCAACUGCAUUGGUUACCAGUUAUCUGUCGGAUUAAAUACAAAAUCCUGCUUCUAAAUUAUAAAGCUCUUCAUGGUUUCGCCCCUUCCUAUCUCUGUGAGCCAAUUCAUUUGUACAGUCCCUCCCGCUCCGUCAGAUCUUCUGUCUCUGGACUUUUGACUGUCCCACAUUUUAAACUGGCACCUAUGGGUGGCAGAUCAUUCAGUGGUGCUGCUCCUAAACUUUGGAAUUCACUACCACAAUCGCUUCGUGACCAUUCCACUUUCUUCCUUCAAAGCUAACCUGAAAACGUUCCUCUUUACCUCACACUACUCUUCCUAGGGUGUGUGUGUGUUUUUUUUUUUUGUGUGUGUGUGUGUGUGUAACUGUGUAAAGCAUCCUUGGGUUUAUGAAAGGCGCUAUAUAAAUUGAACUUAUUAUUAUUAUUACAAAACACUUCAUAUAUUAUGUUUAGAAGCAUCAAGUUUUUGUUUUGUUUUUUUAAAUGCUAGGUGAUGGAGUCUACAACAUACUGUAAACACACCUACUAAACCUACUCAUCUUUAGGAACUCUUAAAAACCUCUAAUCCAGACAUGUAAUUUGCUUGUCU